AUGGCCAUGCUGCCAUCAUAUCAGGAUGCCGUCAGUAAACUCGACUGGCUUGAGUUGGUGGCACCAUACGUCGCAGACAAGGACUUUGCGAGUCUUUGUUCUGUGAAUAGACGUUUCCACGUCGUCUUCACACCCCGCCUAUGGAACGACCCGUUGGUCACCGUUCGACGGUUGGGACUAGAUCCAAGUGACGACCUUGACUGGUACCUGGCAUUUGUCUUCGACCGCAUGCAGCGCCUGCGGCCGAAGACCCUGGCUCUGAUUAUUACUCUCGACUUUCGCGACUUUGCAAAAGACACUGCCCACUUCUCGUCCGACAGUAGCAUCAGGACAAUACCUCAGACUCUGCGUCAGCUGCCCAAAAUACUGCCAAACCUCAGAUGCAUCCUCUUGGACGGCCACGCCGAGGCGGACCCCGCCUUCUUGACAGCCACCCCGGUGUCCGAAGCAAAUACGACACCUCCCGAUCCUCGUCAAGGCCUGUUGGUUCUUAGUGUCGCUCGCUGCCAAAAUCAACUCCCCAACAGCUUCUAUACGUCGGACAAGCUCCAGCAGCUGAUCCUUCUAGACGUUUCCGGAUUGCCAGGUUCCCUGCAGCCUCUGAUCACUGCAGCACACGGACGUCGCAACCUACGCAGAUUAAAGGUCCUCAAGGCGAGGCGUCGGGAGAUCAACGACUCUUUGGCUGUGAUGCUCUUCCAGGCUUUCAAGAGCUCUCUGUGGAGUCUGGAUAUCAGCGAAAACAGAGUUACAGACGGUGUUCUUGGUCAAUUUGCUGCACUUUGCUUCAAUAGUCCAUCUUUGAGGUCUCAGUCUCGAUGCAUGGCCGAGGGCAAACUUGUCUUUGAUGGUCAAGGAAACGACACCUUUGGGCCAUUCAUGUUUAUCCAAGAAUCUGACUCGAGCGGGACCUUCAGCCAUGCAGAGCGGCACUUCGUGGAUGCCCCCAUCUACUCUGCCGAUGCGAGUCGCGAUCUGCAGGAGGACGAAGCAGUUCGAGCCAAUGGCAGAACUCCUUUGAGACGAGACAGUGUGGAUUACGUUAAGGCCGCAACUGCGGGAGGCAUGGAUCAUCCGGUACCUGACUGGUCAGACGUGCCGUACCUCGACGUCUGCUCUGCACCCUCCGGGAUCACCCACCUGCACAUCUCAGACACUCAAAUCACUUCUUCAGGUGUGGAGAGACUGCUACGUAGCUCGCAAGGCCAGCUGGAAGAGUUCUCCUGCGAUGAUCCGUUCUACCUACCGGUCCAAGGAUCUGCUUUGAAUCAGCAGCAUCUCCUCCCAUGGCCCAAGAACGUCACUUUGCGCGGCUCUCUGGGCUGCGUGCAUGUCUUCAGGCCCGUCUUCUCAUCCAAUCUUCGAGUGUUGAGGAUUCACCAUUCGCUCGUGACGCAGAUACCGACGCUUGAGACUGAUGGACUGUCAACCAUGGCACGACUCUGGCUAGCCGAGACAGUGGUUAGGGAACGAUCUGAGAUGGCCUUCCCACAGACGUUCGAGCCGGACAUGAACCCCCGGCUGACGUCUCUGACUCUGACCAAGAUCCCACGUCGCUCCAACGGGCCGUUGAUAGACAAGGUAGUGCACUUCCUCACGCUGUCCGGUCUCCAGGAGCGCGCGAUUCGAGAGACUGCCUCUCAAUCGUCAUUGCGACGUGGUCCAGUCCUCCUGCGCGGCCUGCGUCAUCUUCGUCUAGAGUUCGAAGCCGAUCCGAUUGAGGAUCCCGCCGGCUUUUCAGCCGCGGACGACCUAGACGCCGAAGAGCUUAUGAAUAUGGGCGAGGGAGUGGGCUUCAGCUUUUUCGGCGACCAGCGCCGACCUCGGCCACGACCUAACGCUACGAGGAAAAAGCAAGCAACAGCGGGUGACAAAGUCGCUAAUGACCACCCUCAGCCCGCCACAGGCCGUUUGAGCGCUUUCCCCUACAGCGAUAUUGGGGGCGAGAUUAUGCGCUACCGUGACAUAUGGGGCGGAAGUCAAUUCGAUCGGGACAUCUGGGUCGGCGAUGGAAUUCCGAGUUCCGAACACCUUGCUGUCAACGAGUAUAUGAAACUCGUGACGAACCCAGUGCUAAGAACCAGAGCCGGACCAGCCUCCCCAACGCACGUGAAAGCCGGCGUCCCGGAAGGAGUUCUCAUCUUCCACGCGGCUUGGGACGCCAUCGUUAUGCCACCAGAGUUGGAACCUCCCAGAACGGCAGGGCUACAUGGUAUGCGGGACGUUUUAGAGGCCAUCAAGGCGUUUCGCAUCGAGACUAGGGCGGCGUACGAGGCUGCAAAGAAGGCUGCCGUUGGAGGCGUGGUAGAGCUCAAUACCAUCAGACCGCAACACUGCUUCUGGUCGGGGAGGCUUGAGGUCUCUGCGCAGCAGAGCAUGGCACACUAUCGAGCGCCUGGUUAUUGGCGAUGA